UAAUGCUGGAUGGGGUUUAUCUGUUUUCAUUUUAAAAUUCAAGCCUGGAGGAGCUUGUCUCAGGAGAGGCAAUGCCGCCUGCGCCCAUGCUCCUGCAGAGCCAAGCACUGCAUCGCUCUGUUAGUUUAAUUGCUCUCUCCCUGGCAUGGAGAUGGGCAGGGUGCAGGAGUCCAAAUGAUUUGGAUACCAGUGGACCUGAACCAUUAAACACUCCUCACUGGAAGCCCUGAGUGAAGACAUGCAGCAAGCUGUUUCCACUGCCACGGGACAGCGCACCAGGCAGGGCCAAAGCUGCUGUGUGGCUUUGGGGACUUGAGGUUGCCAAAAAUGGCCAGCUGCAGGCUGCUCCCAGCCCAGCCUGGACAGAAGGAGGUCGGUGUGAAUGGCAACACUGAAGCUUAAGGCUGGGAUGGGGCAAUGAAGACCACAUCCCCACAGUCAGUAGGGAGAGUUUGGCGAUGUCCACGUUGGGUUGUUUGGCUCUUGUUGCUCUCCAUCCUGGCCGAACAGGGAGGAUCCUCCUCGCCUUUUGAGUCAGCAGCCAGUUUCGUUAUGAGGUCUUGCUUCUUCCCCAAGCUCUCUCCCUGCUGCCACAGGAAUAAUCCCACUGGACGUUUCUGUAACGGACAAGGUAACAUAACAUGAUAAUGGCACCAUCAUUGGCUUUCGGCCCCCAAACAACACAUCUCCACCAGAGAGCAAUAAUUACCCUGGGUGCAGCCUCUUUGUAAGUUUGGAUUUCCCAAAAGUGUUCACCCCCCUGAUCUGGAUUGCCAAAAUGCUUUUCAAAGAGGCUUGGCUUGAAAAUGAUGCAGAGUAGUCAUACUAUUUGAAGGCAUCUUCAGAUAGCUCCUUCCACAUUGCCUUUCCAGAGUCACUGUGUGCUUGCACCUUCAUACUCUUGGUUCUCCUGAGCUCCCUACUCCAGGGGGUGCAAUUUCAGCCCCUGCACCAGGUUCCCCAGGACAAGCAGAGCUCUCUUGUCCCAGGCUCAAAGGGCCACACAUGCUGCUGCCUGAGGGACAGAGGUGAGGGCUGAGCACCUCUAGUUAAUGGGCUUAAGUGCUAAUUAAUUAUUAGAUAUGGGCAUAGUGGGGAUAGCCCAGACCUGGAUUUUGCAGACAUUCAGCUUUGUUAAUCAGUUCUGUCCCCUGUACGUACAGCAGCAGCCAGGGGCCUGGGGAGACGAAGCCUUGGGGGACACCCCCCUCCCCCCAAACCCAGUGCGAGUUGAGCACACUGCUUUGCAGCCCAACCCACAGUUACUCUCCAACAGGCAGACCCUUUCAAAGUCCAUGGUCUAAAAAGUCCAUUCCUGGACUUUGUUAAUGCAACUCUGCUUCAGAGUUGAUCUUGCACAUCAGGCAAUCACAUAGUCUGAAUUCAUCAGCCUUCCUUAGGAGAAGGUGGGAGACCCAGGUGUCCCUAGCUGGACCAGACCAGGAAGGACUAGGAGAGAAAUCAUGACCCAAGAGCGACUGUGGCAGGUCCUAGAUCCUUUGUGGGGAGAUCCUUGCACCCUCUCAGCUCUGGUCUGCAGUUCAGCUGCAGCCGUUGUGCUACUGAAAUGGCUGGGACGCAGGCAGAUCCAGCAAAAGAUGGAGGAAGCAAGGAGAACACGGGAUCUGGCCCUGGAGCGAAUGGAGAAGGCAGCUCACAGGUUUAAGCAAGAGAACCCAGGCACCCAGACUACACAUGUCCUCUCGCUGACAAUGGUGGAGCUGGUGGAGAAGCUGAAGGAGGGGACCUUGUCCCCAGAAAGUGUCCUCUACUCCUACAUGGGCAAAGCUUUGGAGGUGACUCGGGAGGUGAACUGUGUGAUAGACUUCAUUCAUGGCUGUGAGGAUCAGCUCCAGAAACUGAAGAAGCAGAAGGAGAAGGGGCUGCUCUAUGGCAUUCCCAUCAGCAUCAAAGACCACAUUAACUGCAAGGGCCACAUCUCUUCUGGAGGGAUGGUGAAGUUCCUGGGACAAGUGAAGGAAGAGGACAGCGUUAUUGUCCAGGUUCUAAAGAGCCAAGGGGCAAUCCCCUUCGUGAAAACCAACAUCCCACAGACGAUGAUAAACUAUGACUGCAGCAAUCCCAUCUUCGGCCAGACGCUGAACCCUCUCAACCACCAGAAGAGUCCCGGGGGCUCUUCAGGAGGGGAGGGAGCUCUGAUUGCAGGAGGAGGCUCCAUCCUGGGCAUCGGGUCAGAUGUAGCUGGCAGCAUCCGCCUGCCAUCCAGCUUCUGCGGGCUGUGCGGGCUCAAACCCACAGGCAACAGGAUCAGCAAACUGGGUGUGGUUUCUCCUAUCACAGGAAUGAAAUCAGUGACGGGGAUGCUGGGGCCGAUGGCGAGAGAUGUGGACAGCCUGGCCCUCUGCAUGAAGGCACUGCUCUGUGAAGAGAUGUUCCGGCUGGACCCCACUGUGCCCCCCCUCCCUUUUGAUGAGGAGGUUUACACCAAUUCAAAGCCACUUCGGAUUGGGUAUUAUGAAGGAGAUGGGUACUUCCAGCCCUCACCCAGCAUGAAACGAGCCAUCCAGCAGACAAGAAAGCUCCUCCAGGAUGCAGGGCAUACACUUGUUCCUUUUGCGCCACCCAAGAUUGACUAUGUGGUAGACGAGCUGUUCACCAGAGGGAUUUUCUCGGAUGGUGCUGGUCAGCUGGUGGACUGCUUCAAAGGAGACAUCGUGGAUCCCAACCUGAAAUCCCAGUACAAUACGUACAGGCUUCCUGCUCUGGUGAAAAGGAUCUUGGCUAUUCUUUUGAAACCCAUAUACCCACGAAUUGCUCGGGAUCUCAGCGCUCUCUGUGGAGUGGGGUCUGCCAAAAACCUCUGGGAUCAGCAUGGAGCAGUGGCGGAUUACUGCACUGAAUUCAUUGCUAAAUGGAGGAAGCUAAGGCUGGAUGUGAUUCUUUGUCCUGCACUGGGGCCAGCCUUUAACCAUGGCUACGCUGGGAAGCUAUUUGCUGCAACCUCCUAUACCAAUUUAUACAAUGUCUUGAACUUCCCGGCUGGAGUGGUGCCAGUGACCACAGUCACAAGAGAUGAUGAAGAAGAACUGAAGCAUUAUCGAGGGCACUAUGGAGACCCUUGGGAUAAGAGGCUGAAAGAGGCUGUGGAAGGAGCCGUGGGGCUGCCGGUGGCCGUCCAAUGCGUGGCUCUGCCAUGGCAGGAGGAGAUGUGCCUUCGCUUCAUGAAGGAGGUGGAGACACUUGCCCACGGCACAAAGAGAAUUGUGUGAUUUCUGGGAACCUGCUUUCACUAUGAUGACUUUUCAUUCCCUGCCCUUCACUUGAGCCACCUUCUACCUGAUGCACAAAACAAAGUAGAUAGCGACUUGCAGACUCUGAACCACUGUUUCAAUAAACUUGUAAUGAAUGCUGUUUAAAAAUAGUCAGCAAAAA